AUGAAGAUUGAAAUUGAUUCUUUUUCUGGUGCUAAGAUCUACCCAGGCAGAGGUACCUUGUUUGUCCGUGGUGACUCCAAGAUCUUCAGAUUCCAAAACUCUAAGUCUGCUUCUUUGUUCCACCAAAGAAAGAACCCAAGAAGAAUUGCUUGGACUGUUUUGUACAGAAGACACCACAAGAAGGGUAUCACCGAAGAAGUCGCCAAGAAGAGAUCCAGAAAGACCGUCAAGUCUCAAAGAGCUAUUGUCGGUGCUUCUUUGGAAUUCAUCAAGGAAAGAAGAUCUUUGAAGGCUGAAGUCAGAAAGGCUCAAAGAGACGAGAAGAAGAAAGCUGACAAGGAAAAGAAGAAGGCUGACAAGGCCCAAAGAAAGAGCGAAAAGGCUAAAUUGGCUGCCACUCAAGGUUCCAAGGUCUCCAAGCAACAAGCUAAGGGUGCUUUCCAAAAGGUUGCUGCUACCAGCCGUUAA